AUGUUUGAGGUCAAUGGGGUUGUUCCGUAUCAGGAGAAGCAGAAUCCCGAUUAUUCCAUCGAGUCGUCGUUGGAGCAACAUUUCGGCCUUCAUGCUUCAUCGUUACAGAGUUACGACACCUUCGGGUCCGAUUGGUAUCCCGAGAACGCGACAAAACUGCAGCGGCAGCAACAGCGGGAGGAAGGGCACCGGCGAUAUCUGUGCCCCCAGUGCGGCAACAGUUACAAGUACCUGGGCGACAUGAAGAAGCACAUGCGUUUCCAAUGCGGUCAAGAGCCGAAAUUCGAAUGCCCUUAUUGCCAUAAACGGUCGAAGGUGUCGUCAAAUAUGUACGCGCACGUGCGCACUAUGCACAGCGAUCAACCAAUGUACAUAAUAGAUUUGAGCAAGCAAUGA